AUGGAUUCUAUUCUAGAUGGCCUCAACCAUGCCCAGCUUGAGGCAGUCACCUCUGAUGCGCCUAUUUUGCAAGUGCUCGCGCCACCAGGCUCUGGCAAAACCAAGACCUUAACCGCACGCGUCGCGUAUCUGCUCUCACACCAUGGAUACUUACCCCAAGAUGUGAUCUGUUGCACUUUUACCAUCAAAGCAAGCCGAGAGAUGCGCGAGCGUCUUGCGAAAUUAAUCGGUGCACAAUCAGAAUCACGGCUUAUUUUGGGUACUUUCCAUUCGAUCUGUCGUCGUUACUUGUGCAAGUAUGGCUACAAGAUUGGCCUGCCCAAGGGAUUUGGCAUUGCGGAUUCGGAUGACACUCGAGGAAUCCUCCGGAGAAUCAUCAAACGCUUGAAUUCUAGCAUGGAAGUCAAGGCUGCCCAAGGGGGCAUUUCACGCCACAAAGCCCAUGGGCUCACUCCUGAUGCACUAGCAGACCAAGCCAAGGCAGAGGGAAUGGAGCUGGUGGAUAUAUACCGUGCCUAUGAUGCAGCACUGAAAGCUUCGAAUCUUCUCGACUACGAUGAUCUACUCUUGCGAUGCGGUGACCUCCUCAGAGAGCACCCAGAGUGUGUAUCCAACGUGCAGGCAGUUUUAGUGGACGAGUUUCAAGAUACGAAUAUCAUCCAGUAUGAAUUGAUGAAUCUUUUUGCGGCAAAAAACCAACGAAUUACCAUAGUUGGAGAUCCGGAUCAAAGUAUCUAUGGUUUUCGGUCGGCGGAGAUCCAAAAUCUGAGGCGGAUGCAGCGGCGGUACACAGACACGAGGACCAUCUUCCUCGAGUCGAACUAUCGCUCUUCAGCUUCAAUUCUCAACUCUGCCCAGGAAGUGAUUGAGCAGGAUACCUCACGGCCCGACAAAAAGCUGCAGCCUACCCAUUCCUUUGGCACUCUUCCUGUCCUCAGAAAACUUCCUACUGUUAAUGCCGAAGCCCUCUGGAUGGUUCUCGAAAUCAAGCGUUGUGUUGCUAUGACGGGUGGUCUCGUGCGAAUGUCGGAUAUUGUAGUGUUGCUCCGGUCAGCUUCCCUUUCGACGCGUAUCGAGACGGCAUUUGGACGAGCUGGUAUUCCCUACAAAAUGGUGGGAGGUCGCAAGUUCUUCGAUCGGACAGAAGUCAAGACACUCCUCAAUUAUCUCCGAGUCGUGAGCAAUACGGGCCAUACAGAUGCCUUACUCGGCAUCAUCAAUGUGCCACCGCGCAGAAUUGGCGAUGAGACUAUAAAACAGUUGACAACUGGCGCCGACAAGGCUAAAGUUCCUUUAUGGUCGUUCAUGAAAGAUGUUAUUCAGGGCCGUCGAUCAACUGAAAAGAAGCUGCAAAAGGCGGCUGAGCUAGGACUGUGUUCACUGGUGAAGUUAAUUGAUGCUUCGAGGCAAAAGCUGCAGGACUGUCAAGACGCUACUGCCCCUCGUGUACUUCUCGAAUACAUCACAGAAAACCUCUCAUUCCAAGAGUAUCUUAUCAGAACCUAUCCUCUGGACGAAGACGGCCGCUGGGCGAACGUGAGAGAAUUGAUGGGCCAAGCCAACGAGACAGCGCUUUCGGGCGAGGAUGCGGACAAGGAGAACGAUUUACCUGAGAUCGAAGGCAUUGAGCAGUCAGCGAUGCACUUGGGGGAAGAGGCUCUGUCUCGAUUUUUGGCCAACGUCGCUCUUUCUACCGAGGCACAAACACAAAACGAGGGCAAAGAGGGUGAGAAACCACCAGAGACUGUCACAAUUUCCACUAUACACGCAGCGAAAGGCUUAGAGUGGCCUGUUGUUUUCAUACCAGCCGUAUACAAUGGGAGUAUUCCACACUCGCGGGCAGAGGUGAUUGACGAAGAAAGACGUCUUCUCUAUGUUGCGAUGACGCGAGCACAAGCCCUGUUAUACCUCAGUCUUCCUCUACGACAGCCACGAAUUGGAGAAGGAGAGGACGCAUCUACCACGCUGACGCCAUUCCUUCCUUCCAAAGUCACGACGACCAGGUUUCGUCCCAGGGGACCCAACUUGCACGAGAAAGUGGUAUUUUCAAUUGCUGAUAUCCUGCGGCGUCCGAGGCCAUCGCCCGAGGACAUGUACAAAAUGCUCGAUACGCUUCCGUCGACACUUGACGAUAGGUGGACGGCCGAAGGAGAGGAGCAUCUCGAUAGUCAAUGGGAUAAAGGCCACGACUCGAUUGAAGGACCAUAUCCUAAACGACGGCGAGCUGAUGGCAACCAAUCUACCUCAACGACAUUCAUGUCAGCUAACACUUACAAUAUGAGCAACUCAUCGAACUUCAUCGCCCCUACAACCAUGUCAUCUGGCUUUUCAUCUGCUCGGGAUUAUGCUGCGACCUCAUCUGCCAGUCAGGAGGCCAUUACGGAGGAUAAAUACAAUAUUGUUAAGGAUUCAAUCCCUGUAACUAAAGGGAAGAACGCGAGUGCCAAAGAUGGGCUUACUCAGGCCAGCAUUUCAAACUUCUUCGGCGGCCCAGGAUCCUCCCAGAAGAGGGAGCCUGCCCCAACCACUCGUCCACCACCUCAGCCGACACAAAGAAACCACAUGACAUCCCAAAGUAAUCGACCUAGUUCCAAUUUCGUUCCGCCCACCCUUUCUUCUCAUCGCCCCCAGCCCCGGCCGCUUCAUCCGACACGACCAGCGCUAGAACCAUCUGAGCCCAACAACUAUACGUGGCUGGCGGCUCCCUCACGACCUGUAAUGAAGCUGGGUAGGAUGCAAGUACAACAAUCCAAUGGAGACAACACAGCGGAGUCAAGGUCUGGGUCAGGUGAGAUGAAACAGGAAAGCUCCACCCCGGAAAGUCAGAGCACCCAAAUUAGGCAGAGCGGACAGGGCAUUGAGUCGGUGACGUUUCAUACCACGACGAUGUCAAUGGUACGCCAGCAAGCCUCGGCGCCGGCACGGCGGACGCUUGGAAUCCGGCGGAGUAUGAAUGGAUGGGAGGAACGGAUGAAGCGGGAGGGCGGUGGCCAAGUGCGUUGA